AAGGAGCCCACCAUUCUGCUGCCGUCCACAACUUUCGCAGGAAUCCUGCUCCGCUAGGCCCUAGCUCGCUCGCCUCCCCAGGAUUUGUUCCGAUCCUCUUUAUAUCCUGCCGACCAUGCCUUCCGUGGUGCCGUCUCCUCACAGCGAGCGAAGUGACUUGGUGACUUGGUGUUGGGUGGAAGAAAUGGAGGAGAUGGCGAGGAGGGCGGAACAGCAGCAGGAGAAGGGGAAGAGGAAGCGCGGGCGGGUGGAGCUGCGGCGGAUAGAGGACCGGACGAGCCGGCAGGUGCGCUUCUCGAAGCGGCGGAGCGGGCUGUUCAAGAAGGCCUUCGAGCUCUCCGUGCUCUGCGACGCCCAGGUCGCGCUCGUCGUCUUCUCCCCCGCCGGCCGCCUCUACGAGUUCGCCUCCUCCGGCUUCAGCAUUGAGGAAAUAUUUGGUCGGUAUUGGGACCUUGCCAACGCAGUAAAUGAUCUCAAUAUCGAAGCACGAGACCCAAGGAUUGAUUGCAGCAUACAGGGCCAUGGAAGCAAAUGUAAACGAGAUGAACAUGGCCGAGAUAAGUGGCUUCAAGGAAACAGUGACCGACGCUCUGACGGUUAUCAGGAGCAAGCUGAUGAUGAAGGUGGCUGGAUUGCCCAAAACCUGAGUGGAAAAGAGAGAAGGAGAAGCCCUCUGAAGAAGAAAGGAGGGACUUAUAUACUAUUGGAGUCCAGAGAAAGAGUAGUGCGCAAGUGGAAAAGAGAGCCUGCAGUUUUAGGCUGACGGGUUUGGCUGGGGCUCAUGCUCUUGUGAGAUGAUGCAAGCCUGCAACUGUCAACCUGGCAAACUAAUUGCUCUCAUAUAUGGUCUCGUAUCAGCCAAACACUACGGGCUUGUUUGGUUUCAUGCAUAUGGCUUAGCUUGGUCGGUGGAAUGCAAGCAUAAGCGUUUGGUUGCUUGUAUACUAUUUUGAGCUUGGCUUAAGGGAUAAAAAAGGGGCCUGUUAGCUUGUCUCUCUACAGAGACAGCCUAGCUGGAUACAGGCGGGUGUCCUAUUGAUAAUGUUAUUAGCUUGUGAUUACUAUGUAUUAAGGGAUAUUGAUCAUAUACUUUGAAGAAUAUUAAGGCUUAAGAAGAUAAACUAAGAA